GAAUUUGCAUGUUUUAUAGAUUUUUUGGAGCCAUGAAGCAAGAACAUUAGAUGCAUUAAAAUAUGACUUUAAAAAAAAAUGAAAUAAGACAGUUGUAAUCUUUUGGGGGGAGGGUAUUGAAUUGGAUAGCCUCUGCUAUUCAGAUACUAUAUAAAUAUAUAGCUUUUAGAAACUUAUAAAGUGAUUCUGCUAUAAAAGUGAGAUGAUUCUUUUUUUUAAAAAAAUCAUAUAUAUGAUAGGUGUGGCGCCAUUAGACAACAAAAGAAUUUUUUGAAAAGUCUGAUGAUUUAGCUCCAUUUUAGCUUGAAACUAAAAAUAAAUGGAUUUCUGGAGAUAAUUUCAAAGAGCGUAAACAAGCUUAAUAAGAAACAUUAAAAAUAUUUAAAUUUUAUGAAGCGGUUUUUAAACGUGUUUUAUGAAAGAUGAAAAUAAAAACUUACAUGCUUCCAAAAUCAAUUUUAGGUAAUAUACAAGAAUACACUAUUUGUAUGUAUAUAAUUUAGAGAGAUGAAGAGUUAUAGUUUUUAAAGGGGGAAAUAUUAAAUAUAGAUGGCCUUGUUAGAAGAAAUAGAGCUUCACUAAAUGAAACUGAGCCCCUAGAAUGGUUCAUUGCAGACCAUACAGCUGUGGUUCUAUAAGUACCAGAUUCUGACACUUUUCAAAAUUAUUUCAUGAGUUCUUCCCUUUGAGCUUAACUUCUCAAAUAUAUUUUAGUUUCGAAUUAACACUGGGCCAGAACCUGUUUCCUUGGUAACCAAAUUGUAUUUUAAAAUGCAAUAACAGAUAUGCAAAAGAAUGUCUUAGAAAAGGAAACAAAUGCUUAAUGAAAAUUUUACAGUUAUUUUCCCUCUAAUAUAGAAUCUGGACUGGUUUUAGAUGUUUUUAAAUACGGUCUUCAAGCCUUAAAAAUUAAGCCAUAUUUCUAAACAUAUAGAGAAAGCUUGCACAGUGACAGCUUUUUUCUUCCUCCUUUGUGCUCAUUCUUUCAAAAUUAAGGUUUUCUUUGUAAUAUGCUCCAGAAUGCAGGUCAAGGUUUGUGUACCGAGGUGUAGUUUCAUUAUCACGAGUUCACCAGCGCCACUGAAACAAAAGGUAUUUCAGAAAUUCUGAGAAUCAGAAAAUGCUUAUGCUCUUGUUUUUCCUGAUCCCUCCAUUGGUAACCUCAGAGCUCGGUAGAGAAGGACGGAAACCCAAGCCUACUGCCCCAAUGAUAAGUGCAUAUCGAGCCUUUGUAGAAACAUCUUUGUAGGUGUGUUAGGAGGAAAAUGCUGCCACACCUGAAACUCCCCAAGGUUUGCUCCGAUGAGAACAUUGAGAUUCAAAACCAUCUGUGUAAAUAGUUGCUUUAUACUAGCAGUUUUUCUAAUAUUCUUUUUCAUAGCACUAUCUGUAAAAUCAAACCUCUUAUGGGCUAUAGAGUUGUUGUUUUUGUUGUUGUUGUUGUUGUUGUGUUGUUUUGAGGCCAACUAAAAUAUUUUGCUUGAAGUCUUUCUCUGGCUCAAUUAUAUUAGAACGUGAUUCAUCUCAUAGUGAUUUUGUUCUCCGGGCUUGCCGUGAAAUAUCCUUCCUGUAACACCUUUUUUUCUGUUGUUGUUCUUGGUUGUUGGAAGCCAUUUUCCUUCUUGCCUGUGACUUAAAAUGACUAAGUGCAUUUUAAAUGUAUUAUCAAUCAGAUGAUCAUAAACUGAAGAGAAAUGUCAGAAACCUGAUUCAGUAAUGCCUAUUCAUUUUAGUACCAAUAGCAUUAACAGUUGCAGUAGGAUCAAGCUAAUUGUCAUUCACUCCUGAACAAAUAAUGAGCCAGGCAUUUGUAACUAAAACACUAUUGCUAUUCAGAAAGAUUACAACUAUACAUCUUCUAUUUUGAUAGGCCAGUACAAAUUAAUCAUUUUGAAUCCAUUUGAAUCUUAAUUACAAGAUUAGAUGGAUGCAAUGCAAUUGUUUUACCAUAACAAUGAAUGCCUCUUCUUUACAAAAUGUCGAUCCUUUUGUUUGUAACUCAAGCAUGAUUGUGUCAUCUUGAUUUUCAUACUUAAUGGGUUUUUUUUUUGUGGCGUUCAUUUAUGUUGUUCUUGGUCUUGCCUGAAGGAAUUUUAAACACAAUUCAAGGAGCUAUAAAGCCAAAUAAGAUUGUCGGGAAGCGUAUUGUACCACUGUCAUUCUAAUAAAUAGACAAGUGAAUGGAAUAAUAAUUAUUAUAUAUUACUCUGUUGUGUUUUGCCUUAAUGUUUUGCCUUCAUAUUUCAUAGCAAUGUUUAUAAGGCACACAGCUUUUCUAAACUGACCCAUUUACAAUUAUUAUUGAAUUUCCUGGAUUAGCUGAAAACGUUUCCUGCCAAUUGUAGAGGAUGGCACUUACCCCUUCCCAUUGUUUGAAAGACUAUCCUUAACCCAUUUACACUUUUUGGCUCAGGUGUUUACAUUGGGCAGGCCAGAGCAGGUGCAACAGGAAGAAUGUGCAAACAACUGCUUUGUACUCACCAAAAUGAAAUGGGCAAAUUAUGGUUUUCUGCCUGAAUGAUUUAUAGUAUAAAAUUCUCAACUCUGUUUCUUCUUUGGAGAAUGGGAAAUGUUUUUCCAAGCUUUAACUCAGUGGAAUACCAAGAUGGCAUGUCUUGCUACUAGAGUAAUGUUGAUCUACCUCAACCAUUUCCAUAGAUCCCCGGUACAGAGACUGGUGGUCAGACCAUGACUUAGAGCUUCUUUACUGGUUGAUAUAGAAGGAUCUAGAAAAAGAUCUAGCACCUUUCUUUUUAGUAUGAAAUUAUGCUAAGCCUUUAAGUCCCCGGUACCAUAUGGUUCCUUCUAACAGCUCCAUUCCAAGGGAAAUGCUAUUCUUAAUGGCUCUCUUGGCAAGUAAACACUCAGUGCAUUUAUUGAGCACCUACUAUAUGCCAGGCAUAUUCCAGAGGCUAGCAAUAUAGUGAUGAACAAGACAGACCAUAGCCCUGCUUCUCAUGGACCUGCCUUUAGUUGGGGAGGGGCAGGGGCAGUAGGCAAGAAUAGACAUGUAAACGAACAACUAAAAAAGACUAGGGUGAUUUGGUUGCGAGGAGGAGAGGUGAUUUAGAAUAGUUGGUCAGGGAAAGACUUCCUGAGGAGGGGGCCGUUAAGUGGGGAUCUGUGUGCAGAGAAGGCUCCAGCCAGCUGAUUAUCUGAUGUGGGGGUGGGGCAUUACCAAGCAGGAGUGCUCACGCUCAAAUGCAAACUUUCCUUUCCUUGUAUCACUGUCACUGUCUCAGAGCCAGGUCUGACAACUUCAUGGGUGGAAUCUUAGGUAAGCUUCCUCCAUGGUAAGAGAAUGGCCCAAGUUCCUGUGGCUGGUUUUAGCCCAGCCACACUCCCAGAGUUUGGUACCUGUGGGGUCAUUGCCUUUGACCUAGUCACCAACCUGCCUAAGAAGAGGCAUCGUAGAUCUAAAUGGCGAUGAAAUUCUGGCACAGAUUCAGUGCCAACCUGAGGAAUCCACAGAAGAAAGGCCUCUAAGAGCAAGGAAAUUUCUGGGAAACCUCUUGCUUUAUUUUUCAUAAGGACUCGAGAAUUGAAACUCACAGCAAAACAUCGAGAUAAUUAUUUAAUUUUUUUCAAAGGCAACAUGGUGGAGGGGUCUGCUUCAUCCUGCCAAUAGAUUCUGUUAGUCCUAAAACUCUCCCAUCAGAGUGAAGUCUUUUCAGGUUUCACUAAAACACUUUGGCUCUGCAGACAUCUUUGCCUGUUGGUUGCUUUCUAAAGACCUUACUACUUAAAGUAAUUAUUCUCUAUUAAAGCAACUAGUUCUAAGAAAAUUCUUCUUAAGAACCAGAACUCUUUUAUGCCUUCUAGGUUAGGCUGUGACAAAGGUUAGAGAACAAAAGGGUAAGUUUACUAUUCAAAUUAGAAACUAUAAGGCUUUCGAAAGGCUUCUGAACAUUUCAGAAGCAUCUUCUAAAGUCCAUUCAUCAUUUAGCAAUCUUUGCUUAUGAUGGUAGAGAUGGCCUGGCUGGCUCCUUAUACUCCAUUUGGUUUUGAGAAGCCCUGAAAUAUUCCACUACAAGACAGGUUUGUUUGGUCCUUGGUAUUGCCCAUCAGUGGAGGAGGGGACUUCAACAAUUCAGUUCACUACUUUGAGCAUUUGUUGAGCAUCUACUAUGUGACAGACACUGGUAUAAGCCAGGCAGAAUGGAAUACGACAUGGUUCCUAUUAAACGCCCGUCCAGGUUCCCACGCAAGGCUAGAGCAUUGUAUGGAGAGGCACAAUUGUGUGUCCUCCCUGUUCUAGAAAGAAAUGAAUGGUGCAUUGUUCUCUUUAGUGGCCUUUUGUACUGUUCCCUGGAGGCUACCCUUCAGUUUGGGGACAUCUCAGCCAACAGCAAGGACAGUUCUUUGCUCAGACUUUGUGUCUUGGCCUCCUUGACCACCUUCCUGAGAUGUCUUGGCUCCUAAUAAGCCACCGCAUGUCUGCCUGCCCUUCUCCAAGCUGGUCUGCCUGCAUUGCCAGGUGACCUCGAUAACGGCUGCCACAGUUGCAUUCAUGAGCAGAUGUUAAGCUGAGAAGCCCUUGAAUGUAAAAUUUUGAAUUUGUGAUGCCGAUCUUGAUGUGGAGGAGAUGGAGGAUGCAGAACCAAGGAUUUCCAAGUGAUUUCUUCCAAAGCACGGGAAAAUAACUCUGUUAAGGCUGGUCUGUUCUAACUGAGAUGACAGUCAUGUCCCUUUCCAGGGACCUCAAGGACGACUUUCACAGUGACACAGUGCUCUCCAUCUUAAAUGAGCAGCGUAUUCGGGGCAUUUUAUGUGAUGUCACCAUCAUUGUAGAAGAUACCAAAUUUAAAGCCCACAGCAAUGUCCUGGCAGCUUCGAGCCUUUAUUUUAAAAAUAUUUUUUGGAGCCAUACAAUCUGUAUUUCCAGCCACGUCCUGGAGCUGGAUGAUCUCAAAGCUGAAGUGUUUACAGAAAUACUUAAUUAUAUCUACAGCUCCACAGUCGUUGUCAAGAGACAGGAAACAGUCACUGAUCUUGCAGCUGCCGGAAAAAAACUGGGGAUAUCGUUCUUGGAAGAUCUUACCGAUCGCAACUUCUCAAAUUCCCCAGGUCCCUAUGUAUUCUGCAUUACUGAAAAGGGAGUCGUUAAAGACGAAAAAAAUGAAAAAAGGCACGAAGAACCAGCCAUCACUAACGGGCCAAGGAUCACAAAUGCAUUUUCCAUCAUUGAAACAGAAAAUAGUAAUAACAUGUUUUCUCCACUGGACUUGAGGGCUAGUUUCAAAAAGGUCUCUGACUCCAUGAGAACAGCUAGCCUUUGUCUAGACAGGACGGAGGCCUGCCACGAGGCCGAGCCUGUCCGCACACUCGCUGAGCACUCGUACGCCGUUUCUUCCGCAGCCGAGGCUUAUAAAAGUCAGCCUGCACGUGAACACGAUAGCAGUUCACCUGGUCAGACAGGCAAAGAAAAUUGUGAAGCUCUUGCAGCAAAACCGAAAACAUGCCGAAAGCCAAAGACAUCCUCCAUCCCCCAGGAUUCUGAUUCAACUGCAGAAAAUACACCACUCCCUCCAGUAACCAGCGUAGAGGUGAAUCAAGAAAAAAGUCCACAGCCAGCUGCAGUUCUUUCUCAUUCAAAAUCUCCCAACACUGAAGGAGAUGUCCACUCUUCCAAGGAGGAUGAAAAUCCACCUUCUGAGGUUCCCGGGCCGCCAGCAGCAGAGGUUCCACCUCUCGUUUACAACUGUAGCUGUUGUUCCAAAUCCUUCGACAGUAGCACCCUGCUCAGCGCCCACAUGCAGCUUCACAAGCCGACCCAGGAGCCUUUAGUGUGCAAGUACUGCAACAAACAGUUCACCACCCUGAACCGUUUGGAUCGGCAUGAGCAGAUCUGUAUGAGGUCAAGCCACAUGCCCAUUCCUGGAGGAAACCAACGCUUUUUAGAAAACUAUCCUACCAUUGGACAAAAUGGUGGUUCAUUCACAGGUCCAGAAGCUUUAUUAUCUGAAAAUAGGAUUGGUGAAUUUUCCAGUACCGGAAGUACCUUGCCAGACACAGACCACAUGGUUAAAUUUGUUAAUGGGCAGAUGCUCUACAGUUGUGUUGUGUGCAAACGUAGUUACGUGACUCUAUCCAGCCUCCGAAGACAUGCAAAUGUUCACUCGUGGAGAAGAACAUAUCCUUGCCAUUACUGCAACAAAGUGUUUGCACUGGCUGAGUACAGGACAAGGCAUGAAAUUUGGCAUACGGGAGAAAGGAGAUAUCAGUGCAUUUUCUGUCUUGAAACUUUCAUGACCUACUAUAUACUCAAAAACCAUCAAAAGUCUUUCCAUGCCAUAGAUCACAGACUUUCCAUCAGUAAAAAAACAGCAAAUGGAGGCUUGAAGCCUAGUGUCUAUCCAUAUAAACUUUAUAGGCUACUGCCCAUGAAAUGCAAGAGAGCUCCUUAUAAGAGCUACCGAAAUUCUUCCUAUGAAAAUGCUCGAGAAAGCAGUCAAAUGAAUGAGUCUGCACCUGGUACCUAUAUUGUUCAGAAUCCACAUAGCUCUGAAUUAUCUACACUGAAUUUCCAAGAUAAUGUAAACACCUUAACCAACAGCCCAGCCAUCCCAUUGGAAACAUCUGCUUGUCAGGACAUACCCACUUCUGCCAGUGUACAAAAUGCACAGGGCACCAAAUGGGGAGAGGAGACAUUGAAAAUUGAUCUUGAUGGUAACUUUUAUUCUACUGAGGUAUCAGUUUCUUCCACUGAAAAUGCUGUCAGUUCUGGCCUCCAGGCAGGGGACGCACCUGUUUUGUCCUUGAAUAACGGCAGUGAGAACCCAGCCUCUGUGAUCAGCUACAGUGGCUCAGCACCCUCGGUCAUCGUGCAUAGCAGCCAGUUCUCAUCGGUGAUAAUGCACAGCAAUGCCGUUGCUGCCAUGACCAGCAGCAACCACAGAGCCCUUCCAGACCCAGCUGCCAGUCAGUCCCUGAAAGACGACAGUAAACCCGAGCCAGAUAAAGUGGGUAGAUUCGCAAGCAGACCCAAAAGCAUUAAGGAGAAAAAGAAAACUGUACCCUGUAACAGGGGAGAAAUACCAGAGGAGUCAAAAUACGUUGCUGAUCCUGGAGGGUCAUUGAGCAAAGCCACAAAUAUCGUUGAAGAAACCAGUAAAAUUGAAACCUACAUCGCGAAACCGGCUCUGCCUGGAACCUCCACAAAUAGCAACGUUGCACCCCUUUGCCAAAUAACGGUGAAAAUUGGGAAUGAAGCCAUUGUGAAAAGGCAUAUCCUAGGAUCUAAAUUGUUUUAUAAAAGAGGGAGAAGACCCAAGUAUCAAAUGCAGGAGGAGCCGUUGCCACAGAAGAGUGACCCGGAACCCAGCGGAGACAGCCCACUCGACCUUUGCCAGUCCGAGUGCGUGGAGAUGAGCGAAGUGUUUGAUGACGCAAGCGACCAGGACUCCACUGAUAAACCGUGGCGCCCUUACUACAACUACAAACCCAAAAAGAAAUCCAGACAGUUGAGAAAAAUGCGGAAAGUCAACUGGAGGAAAGAGCACGGAAGCAGGAGCCCAAGCAGCAAGUGUAAAUACCCAGCGGAGCUGGACUGUGCUGUGGGCAAGGCCCCUCAGGAUAAGGCCUUUGAGGAGGAGGAAAACAAAGAGAUGCCCAAGCUGCAGUGUGAACUCUGCGACGGAGACAAGGCAUCCGGGGCUGGAAACCAAGGCAGGCCCCACCGGCAUCUCACUUCCAGGCCUUACGCCUGCGAGCUCUGCGCCAAGCAGUUCCAGAGCCCUUCCACGCUGAAAAUGCACAUGAGAUGUCAUACCGGAGAGAAGCCAUACCAGUGCAAGACCUGUGGGCGGUGUUUUUCAGUGCAAGGAAACUUACAGAAACAUGAACGCAUCCACCUGGGCUUGAAGGAGUUCAUCUGUCAGUAUUGCAACAAGGCAUUCACCUUGAACGAGACCCUCAAAAUCCACGAAAGAAUCCAUACUGGGGAAAAGCGGUACCACUGUCAGUUCUGCUUUCAGAGUUUUUUGUAUCUCUCCACAAAAAGGAAUCAUGAGCAGAGGCACAUUCGGGAGCACAACGGGAAGGGCUAUGCCUGCUUCCAGUGCCCCAAAAUUUGCAAAACAGCUGCUGCCCUUGGAAUGCACCAAAAGAAACACUUAUUCAAAAGCCCAAGCCAGCAGGAGAAAAUAGGUAACACAUGCUAUGAAAACUCAAAUCCUUUGGAGAAUCAACAUUUCAUUGAUUCAGAAGACAAUGACCAAAAGGAUUACGUUCCAACCAUUGUUGAAAAUGUCCUUUGAGUGGCAAUAGUUAGAAAAAUCUUCAAAAAUAUAAGUUGCUGUUUUUUAGUUAGUUUUUUUUUAAGUUUAGUUUAGUUUUGUUCACAUGACAGUCAUGAAGGAGUGAAAUGUUAAAAAAAUAAAAAAUUCAUGUGUGAAAAUUACAGAGAAAGGAUCCUAGUAUCUACUUUGGGUUUUAGCAUUAACUUCAUGCAAAGUGCAUAAAAACAGAAUAGCUGAAUCCUCCAAUAUCCCAAGUUAUCUUCUGAAAGUUAAUGAAGUUCUUAGCUGUGGUAUUUCUACCAGUGAAAAAAAGUUUAAUUUUAGCCUAAUUUAAAACUUCCUAGUAAAUGCUAAUAGGAACUGGCUGCUGAACUGUCUUUAGUCACUGGAGAAAAUAGGAGUCAGAUAUCCUGAAGAUGGCAUCUUCAUAAAUAUGUUCAAUGGUAAAUGAGCUGUGACAGUCUUUAUUCCCAUCCGGCUUCUGCGCUAUUAAAAUCUGUUUAAAUUAAAAGAUACAUAUGAAAUACUUAACAAUAUAACUGCAAAUAUGUGUGUAAUGAGUAACCUAAAGUAAGACAUUCGUACAUAAUCUAGAACUACUUUUCUGCAACACAACCUUGUAAAAUACAUAUAUAAAUCACUAUAACGUUUAAAUGUCCAUAUCCCCUCUAGAGAAUUACGGUGAGCAAUAGAUCUGCAAAUAAUGAGGACUGAUGUAAAAACCCAUAGAAACCAUUUUGAGUAUGAUUUAAGAGCAUGUGAAUGCUUUGAGAUGGAAUGCUAUUCUCUUGAAGUUAUGGCUGAGCUGUUAUUAGAACUGGUCUUGCAAGUCACAGAAAACAUAGGUCAUGCCUUAUCUAUGGGGGAAAGCCCUCCCAGAAUUUACCUGUGGUUACCUGUGCUGCAUAUUACCUUGCAAUGGUCUCAUCUCAGAGAAUGAAAGAGGGUCAAAUUCUUCUGAAACUCUCUGCAGUCUUCCAGCCAUCACAAGGCCAUGGAUGCGGGCUCUGUUCCAGACAGACUUAAGGGUUCGAGUAAACUUGACAUCUUCCAUUCCACUGAAGGAUUGUCCAGGAGAUUUAGCUCAAGGCACACAUGUGGUAGUGAAUUCCCAGGCACUCGAAAGUGACAAGAAGCCUAAUCCCUACAGUUACUAGCCACCUUGGAGAUUACGCAGCCCACAAGUGCAUAGUAGUAUAAAACAAAAGGACAACAGAACCCCACCCCCAACCCCACCUAUUAAUGACUUGAGUGGGCAAGAAGAAGUGAUGACCUUCCUUGCUUAAAACAGUAGUUUUCUUUUUGGGGGGGUGGGGAUGUAGGAUGUGGAGUGACAAGGUUCUAUCCCUAUGUGACUCAGAAGUACAGCCACAAAGCCAGAAGCUUUGUCUUCAUAUUUGCAGCCAUCUAGACCCCUUGCUUAAAACCCACUUAAGUUUUCUAACGUUCUUUUCACACUGACCCACACCAUCAAUGUCGCCCUCAAAGCUAAUUGCCCUACAGGAUAUUCCGUCAUGUGGACUAGGUUCCUGAAAAGCUGGAACUCAUGAUUUCUUCUUUUGAAACUACCAAAAUAGGAGGGAGAGAGAAAACAUUCCUACCCUUUGAUCACCAACCUGUAUGCACUGAAUCCAGAGCCCAGUUUGAGUGACCUGCAGCCAGCCGUUCAUAUUCUCUGGAUUCGAUAGACGGAAACCCAAGAUUUCCAAGGUUGGAAGGUUAUCAUCACGAAGAAGUAGCUCGGAGGACUCCAGCUUCUCUCUACAAGUGUCGUGACGUCUCCAGGAAGAAGACUUAGUAUGGAUUUGGGUGGGCAAGAGAGCAUUGAAAUGCCCAGGAAAGGACAUGAUUAAAGUUGACCUUUUGAUACUAUAGUACUUUGCUAUUAAAGUAACCCCAAUAUUGUAUCUGCAUUUAUCUUUUGUUCAUCUACUUUCACUUACAUACAGUAUUAUUAUAUAGUCGAGGAAAAUGGCAAAAUGCAAGCAAAUUCAACUUUAUUUUAUACAUUGUAUAUAUGUACACCUACACUAUCCAUUUGGGUUUUGUUAAAGAGAUAGUCACAAAGGGCUUAUGAAAAUCAUUUUUGAAUUGAUAAUUAGAAUAUUGAAUAAGCAAUCCUGUGAUCUAAUUUGUUUUAUCUGUUAGGAUUAUGAGUCAAGAAGAAUUACUGUGUAUUCUAGUCAUUUUGAUUUGACUUAACUCCAAAUGUAAAAUUAUUAUGUGUAGUGAUGUCUCCCAGCCCUUACAUGUGGAUAUUUUUUAAGUGGACUUGUAUGCUGAGAAUUCUAGACCAAAGUAAAUAUGGCAGAAUAUUUAUACAUGAAAAAAUAAUUUUGCAAAUAUUUUCUAUAAUUGUAUUCAUUUAAAAUGUUGAUAGCUUGUGUUAGUUUCAGGGAGGGGUGUAUAUUUUGAUAAAAAAAAUACUUGACUUUGUAAUUCUGUAUAUUCUAUACAAUUUAUAGCAGAGCCGUUUUAAGACAGCCUUGUCACAUUUUUUGUUAAUUGUGAAAAUUUUAUUAUGAGUGAUGUUUAUGCAUUGAGUACAUAAUGACCAACUAGAAUUAAAAGUAAGUGUAAACAGUGAACAUACUGUAUGCUGUACAAGAUAUAUUGUAAUUUGCUGUUUUAACAUCUGUAUUUUGGUUAGAAGAUAUUAUUAAAUGCAGAUGUUAAGGAUUGGAAAAGUCUAAUUUUAUUUUUAGAAAUAAUGAAUAUAAAUUUGGUUUUGCUUGAUUAAAAUAGCUUAUUCCUACAUUAAGUCUCUUUUUAAAUGUUUUAAUGUCAUUUCUUUUGUGCAGCUAUUUCAUCUGUGUGGGUCACGGCUUUAUUUCACGCAUUAGUCACUCAAUAUAUUUGUUUCCUUGUUUAUAUUCCGUGGUACCUGCUUACAUGCUUAGGGCUCAAAUGGAUGUUGACAUUAAAGAAACAAAGUAAGAGAGAUUAAAGUCUU